AUGAACAUGAAGCAGCCUUCCCUAGGGAUUACCCCGGCCCCCUUGUCCCACCACGGAGGUCGGCAUUCGCCGAACCCCCGUCACUGGGGGUCCACUCAGGAUCGCAUCAGAUGUAUGCCUUCUCCAUCGAGCAAUUUCUUCACUGGACUCGACGACGGAUUUUUAACUAGAGCAGAAGUCAUGGGAGUUAUGGAUAUUUCCAAAUCGUCCAGCGGACACCAGCUGAUGAAACCAGAUGGACUUUACAGCCACGCUUCAGACUAUUCUGGGCACACCAAUGGACCACCACGACAUCAAAUGCCCAUGCAUCCUCACUCCCACCAUCACUCACACCCUCACGCCCAUCACGGUUUCAACCCCUCGGAGUCCAUGUUUGACCAGUUGACCGGCUCGCCAAAUGGUCCUUCAGGCAUGCCGUUGGGUCAUAUGGGAUCCAUGAGUGAACAUCACACGAAUAUGAUGACCACCGGCCCACCUCCUCACCAGCAACACCACCAGAUGUAUCCGCCUAUGUACUCUCAUCCUUCAUCUGUAGUCAAUGCUCAUCCAGGGUUUUCCACCCAUCCGGGAAACAUGCAUCACCAAGUUGUCCACGAAUCAGACUGUGACCCUCGAGAGCUAGAAAUGUUCGCUGAAAGAUUCAAGCAGCGGCGUAUCAAACUGGGAGUUACUCAAGCUGAUGUAGGAGCAGCUCUCGCUAAUCUUAAAAUCCCUGGAGUCGGAUGCCUCAGCCAGAGCACAAUCUGCAGGUUCGAGUCGUUAACGCUUAGUCAUAACAACAUGAUAGCAUUGAAGCCGAUUCUCCAGACAUGGCUGGAGGACGCAGAGAAACAAGCUAGGGAAAGAAAGGCGGAGUUGGAGAACGGUCACCUCAACGACAAGAAACGUAAGAGAACUUCUAUUGCGGCUCCGGAAAAGCGAUCUUUGGAGGCCUACUUUGCUGUCCAGCCAAGACCUUCCGGUGAAAAAAUAGCUCAAAUCGCAGAGAAGCUAGACUUAAAGAAAAAUGUGGUCAGAGUAUGGUUCUGCAACCAGAGACAAAAACAAAAGAGAAUGAAGUUUUCCGCCAUUGCAGCUGGCAUGUCAAUGGGUCACCACUGA